AUGUCUGCCAGGGGAGGCAAGAAAAAACAGAAGGUCUUGUCGCGAUCUGCCAGAGCUGGGGUGCUGUUCCCCGUAGCUCGGGUGCUGAGGUAUCUGAGGCGGGACACGCACCACUUUCGUAUUGCGGCCGGCUCUCCCGUCUACACGGCGGCCGUCAUAGAGUACCUCGUUGCGGAAAUCCUGGAGCUGGCCGGAAAUGCAGCCAAAGAGUUUAAACGUGGCAGAAUUACUCCCAGACACAUUUUACUGGCCAUUUCUAAUGACGACGAGCUGCACCAGUUGCUGAAGAAUGUCACUAUAGCACAGGGUGGAGUGGUUCCCAAAAUUCAUGCAGUCUUGUACGGACCAGCUCGUAAAAAGUUAGCAGCAGCAGCAUCUGCAACAACAUCUGCAGCAACAAACCCAUUCAGUCUAAAAGCAGCAAAGAAACUGAAACCCAAGAAACCCAAAGCUGCAGCUGUCGCUGGGGUGGCUACCUUCACAGGAAAGCCAAAAAAGGCGGACUCAAUACCUGAUGGCAGUGGAGGUUUUCUGACUCUUUCUGAGAAGAAGCUCUUGCAUGGCCAGAAAUUAACUGUGAUGCAAGGAGACCUGGUGAAAACACUAGCAGAUGCUAUUGUCAAUCCAACCAACUCAACAUACUACAUGGGUGGAGAAGUGGGUCAGGCCAUCCAGAAAGCCGGAGGGAAGGAGUUCCAGCAGGAAGUUGAUGACCUCUUGAAUAAUCAGGGAAAUAUCGCAACUGCCGAAGCUGCCAUAUGUCCAGCGCAUAACUUUGCUGCUAAAUUUGUGAUCCAUGUGAACAGCCCCAAGUGGAAUGAUAACAAUUCACAACAACAUCUAGACAAGGCUGUGAAGAACGUGCUGAAACUAGCGGAUGAUAAGCAACUGAAAAGUCUAGCUUUGCCAUCUAUCAGCAGCGGCAGGGCAGGAUUUCCCAAGCAAACAGCAGCACAGAUCAUCCUGGCAUCCAUCAGAGACUACUUCAGCAGUGCCAAAACCACAUCCCUGAAACAUGUCUACUUUGUGUUGUAUGACCUGGAGAGUGUCAACGUGUACACAACAGAACUGGCGCGAAUGGAUAACUGA